UAGGGGCGGUGCCUGCGACUGCGACUGCGAGGAACGGCCGCGCGGGCUUGGAUGAUGCGGCGGGCACAAGCCCUGGGCCGGUUCGCAGAGGGCCCUUGGGGCAGCCUCAGUUUCCCCCUUCGGGCGUAAGCCCAGCAUGCUGGGCUCGAGCAGCUGCACGGGCCGCGCGAAGUGAUGACGCGGCGGGUAAGGCCCUGGAGCUCCGGCGCUGCCUGUCAGAACCGCGUCAUUCCUCAGCUGUAAACCCGAGCUACAGGUUCUCCUUUUCCUCUGUGACUGGUCGUGCGCGCUCUGGGCCUAGCCCUCAGUCCAGAUGAUACUCAUGCCGAUGGCGUCAGUGGUGGCGGUGGCUGAACCCAAAUGGGCCUCGGUCUGGGGCCGUUUCCUGUGGCUGACACUGCUGAGCAUGGCUCUGGGGUCACUGCUGGCCCUGCUGCUGCCACUGGGAGCUGUGGAGGAGCAGUGUCUGGCUGUUCUCAGAGGCUUCCACCUGCUCAGGAGCAAACUGGACAGGGCACAGCACGUGGCCACCAAGUGCACCAGCCCAUCCACGGAGCUCAGCGUCACCUCCAGGGACGCAGGGCUGCUGACGGCCAAGACUAAGGCGUCGCCAGCAGGGAGGCUGGAAGCCAAGGCUGCGCUAAACCAAGCCCUGGAGAUGAAGCGCCAGGGCAAGCGGGGGAAAGCCCACAAGCUGUUCCUGCACGCCCUCAAGAUGGACCCUGGCUUUGUGGACGCUCUCAAUGAGUUUGGCAUCUUCUCGGAAGAAGACAAGGACAUCAUCCAGGCGGAUUACUUGUACACCAGGGCACUGACCAUCUCGCCCUUCCACGAGAAGGCUCUGGUCAACCGGGAUCGGACGCUGCCCCUGGUGGAGGAGAUCGACCAGCGGUACUUCAGUGUCAUCGACAGCAAAGUGAAGAAGGUCAUGUCCGUCCCUAAGGGGAGCGCGGCGCUGCGCAGGGUCAUGGAGGAGACCUACUACCACCACAUCUACCACACGGUGGCGAUCGAGGGCAACACCCUCACCCUCUCGGAGAUCAGGCACAUCCUGGAGACCCGCUACGCCGUGCCUGGGAAGAGCCUGGAGGAGCAGAACGAGGUGAUCGGCAUGCACGCGGCCAUGAAGUACAUCAACGCCACCCUGGUCUCUCGCAUCGGCUCCGUCGCCAUCGACGACUUGCUGGAGAUCCACCGGAGGGUACUGGGGUACGUGGACCCGGUGGAGGCGGGCAGGUUUCGGAGGACCCAGGUGCUGGUGGGACACCACAUCCCGCCCCAUCCCCGGGAUGUGGAGAAGCAGAUGCAGGAGUUCACGCAGUGGCUCAAUUCGGAGGACGCCAUGAACCUGCACCCGGUAGAGUUCGCGGCCUUAGCCCAUUACAAACUGGUGUACAUCCACCCCUUCAUCGACGGCAACGGGAGGACCUCCCGCCUGCUCAUGAACCUGAUCUUGAUGCAGGCGGGGUACCCACCCAUCACCAUCCGCAAGGAGCAGAGGUCCGAGUACUACCAUGUGUUGGAAGUCGCCAACGAGGGCGACGUGCGGCCUUUCAUCCGCUUCAUAGCCAAGUGUACGGAAGUCACGCUGGACACGUUGCUCCUCGCCACCACCGAGUACUCUGUGGCACUGCCAGAAGCCCAGCCCAACCACUCUGGGUUCAAGGAGACACUUCCUGUGAGGCCCUGACUGACUGCCGGCCCUCCCUUGGCAUCCAGAGAAGGCCUUUCUAGAAACAGUUCUCCCCAGUAGCAGAAGGAGACCCUUAAACGUUCUUUACCUCCAGAUGUUUUUCAGUUGAGAAAGAAAACUAAAUUAUUAAGCCUGUCUAGGAUAAUUUAUAGUUCAGCCAAGUUAUUUAUUUAAUUUUUUUUUUUUAACUUUUUUGGUGAGCUAGCAGCAAGCAGUGCCUGUGGUGAUCCUGGCACCCAGUAGGACAGCAGUUCUUUUCUAAUGUCCUGGGCCUGGGUGUCUAGACAGAAUUUGCACUAAGGGUGGAGGCAGGGAUCUGUGAGGCGGGGCCCACAGGGAUCACCUGAGAGACUGGCUGCAGCUUCUACUGGCAGCGCAGUCCUUUCACACAGGAAGCGAGCAAGCGUUGCCAUCCCCAGCAGAGUCUGCAGAUUUCCAAAGACCCUCUGAGCUAUUAACUUGCUCACCUGAGUGCCAGGAGAAGGUACUUUCCUACCCGGACUGUUCGGUGGAGGAGGGCGGGCAGGUGGCGGGCUGCAGCGCUUUCUCUAAUCUUUGUCCUUUGUGCUUUACUUGCAUAGACUGAGGCUAAAAGUUCUCCGAGCUUGCCAGCCUACUCCAUCACUUCACAAAGCAGGCCUGCCUACACACACACACACACACUCUCAGUCUUCUGAGGACCUGGAGGUGAGGCUUGGUGGUAGAAAGCUACCCAGCAUGCACCACACAAGGCACCUUCCUUAACAUUACAAAAGUAUGUAUCUGAGAUACUGCAUCAAUCCCAAAUAAUCAGUUCUGAUAAAGGAUUUAAAACGAGCAAACGCCCAUGACCACAACCCCACCUCUCGCCUUUUGUCCUGUUGUUUGGAACCCUCUUCCCCAUCUGACCCAUCACAGGGUCCAGCAGGGGUAGGUAGGAUGCCCUGGAGUGGCCUUCUUCUUCUACUAACUUGUAAAGAGAUGGUGUCAUGUGUGGUAGACACAUUUCCAAGUCGUCAUCUUGGAAAAAAUAAACUUUUUCCAAUCAUACUUACGGCUAAGUGCCAACUUGACUGCUGCUACUUUAGAGUCAUGAUGGUCACAUCACUGGAUGUUGUUCUGAGACAGCCCACGGUGUCCCAGCACACUGUACUUCGUCUUUGUUUAAAUGGUAAACGCAUACCAGCUGCCGACAGAUGUAUCCAGCAUUUAGAAGAUACCCUGGCAGUUUUCUGACAGAAAAAAAGGUGGAAAAAAAAAAACAGAUGUGUGCGCGCAGUGGCUAAUGUCAACACUGUCACCAAAAUGCUGCAUCCGAGUGCAGCCCAAGCUCCUGGCUCUUCUCUGCACACCAAAUUCCAUGGGGCACUCGUUUUGUCCUAUAGCGAGAACCUGCACUUUAGCUACAUGUGAAAAAUAUUAUUUUAACAAGUUCCUGGUUCUAAUAAAGUAUUUUAUUA